UGGUAGGACCGGAAACGAACCCGCCGGCGGCGGCGGCGGUGGCCGCUGAGCCCGAGCGGAGCCCAGGCGCGAGACCGACCCCCCCCCCCCCGCCACCCAGACCCCGCCCCCCGGGGGCUCCCCCAGCUCGGCCCCUCCCCCCCGGAUCGGGCCCCUCCCCCUCCCGCGGCCCGGCCCGGGCGCGAAGCUGGCGGAGCUGGGCCGGGCGGGGGGCGGCGGCGGGGCCGGGGCCGGGGCCGGGAUGAUGCGGACCCAGUGUCUGCUCGGCCUGCGCAGCUUCCUGGCCUUCGCCACCAAGCUCUGGAGCUUCCUGCUCUACCUGCUGCGGCGGCAGGUCCGCACCGUGAUCCAGUACCAGACGGUGCGCUAUGACGUGCUCCCUCUCUCCCCGGCCGCACGCAACCGGCUCAACCAGGUGAAGCGGAAGGUCCUGGUGCUGGACCUGGACGAGACGUUGAUCCACUCCCACCACGAUGGGGUGAUGCGCCCCACGGUGCGGCCCGGGACCCCUCCCGACUUCAUCCUCAAGGUUGUGAUAGACAAACACCCCGUCCGCUUUUUUGUACAUAAGAGGCCGCACGUGGAUUUUUUCCUAGAAGUGGUGAGCCAGUGGUACGAGCUGGUGGUGUUCACGGCCAGCAUGGAGAUCUACGGCUCCGCGGUGGCCGACAAGCUGGACAACAACAGGAGUAUCCUCAAGAGAAGGUAUUACCGGCAGCACUGCACUUUGGAGCUGGGCAGCUACAUCAAGGAUUUGUCGGUGGUGCACAGUGACCUGUCGAGUGUCGUCAUCCUGGACAACUCGCCGGGCGCCUACCGGAGCCAUCCAGACAACGCCAUCCCCAUCAAGUCGUGGUUCAGCGACCCCAGCGACACGGCCCUGCUCAACCUGCUGCCCAUGCUGGACGCCCUGAGGUUCACAGCGGACGUGCGGUCGGUGCUGAGCCGGAACCUCCAUCAGCACCGCCUCUGGUGACGUCAGCACCUCCUUUCUUCAGGCGUUGGCCCCUGACCUCCGCCGGAUCCCACCGCUCCCACCAUCACCACCACGUGGACUCUGCCACCGAUUCCUGAACUCUGGAGAAGAGCGGGGGGCGGGCCACCCGCCCCCCCCCAAUUCCCCGCCAACCUACUCCCCCCCACACCCGGCCCUGUGCCAAGAAUGGGCGGGGACUGACUCGGCGGGCGGAGCUUAUCCGGCAGCGGGACAAAGAAAGGGGGUGUGCAGCUUCACGGCGCGCGGAUGGACGUGUCCGAUCAGGCCGGGGGGGGUGGUCUGGUUUUACAAGACUCUGCCCCCCCCUCCUCCGGCCUUGUACAAAGACCUCGUUUUUUCUUUUCGUUUCCUUUUUCGUUCUGUUCUUCCUCCACUUCUCCCCGGAUUGGAGCCGCUGGAUUUUUUUUUUGCCCGGGGGAGGUGUUGGGUCUCGGAUCUGUGCCCAAGGGACGACCCUUCUCUGUUGGGUUCUUUCCUCGGACUCGGGAGGAGAAGGAAAACCCGGGUGGGAAAUUAUAGCCGCUAAGCAAGGCCAGAACC